UAGAGAAGUCUUAUUUAGGGCAGUUCACUCUUUUUGUUCACAAUUAUUUUUUUUUCCACCCCGCUUUGUAGAGAUGACUUCUCUUCUCCAGCCUCGAGAAUGUAAAGUGACCAAGAAACCUGAAAAGAGCUAUGGAUUCUACCUGCGUAUCGAAAAAGACACGGCAGGGCACCUCAUCCGAAAYGUGGAGAAGGACAGUCCAGCUGAAAAGGCUGGCUUGAAGGAUGGAGACAGAGUCCUCAGGGUUAAUGGUGUGUUUGUAGACAAGGAGGAACAUGCACAGGUGGUGGAGAUAAUCAAGAAGAGUGGGAAUUCUGUUGUAUUCUUUGUUCUGGAUGAAGCCUCCUACCAAAAGGCAAGAAAGGAGGGCGUGAACUUGGAAGAGUUGGGUCAAAAGGUGUCAACAGAACGGCUGCAGGAGCAGCAGUCCCCACCGCUCAAGGCCAACGGAGACGUCGCUGCAGCCCCACAACCCCGACUCUGCUACCUGGUGAAGGAAAGCAGUGGCUAUGGGUUCUCCUUGAAAACCACCGAAGGACAGAAGGGCUUGUACAUCGUAGAGAUAUCAUCUCAAGGAGCAGCUGCAAAGGCUGGUGUUAAAAACAAUGACCGCCUGAUUGAAAUAAAUGGAAAAAACGUGGAAAACAACAAACAUGAAGAAGUGGUGGAAAAGGUAAAGAAGUCUGGAAAUCAUGUUAUGUUUCUACUUACCGAUGAAGAAACCGACCAGUAUUACAAAAGUCAAAAGAUGGUACUAAGCAAAGAGAGUGCCAGCCUGAAAUUGCUUCCCCUCAAGCCUAGACUCAUCGAGCUCCAGAAAGGAACAAAUGGAUAUGGCUUCUAUCUACGAAUGGAACAAAAUACUGGUGAUCAUGUCAUCAAGGAUGUUGAUUCUGGGGGCCCAGCAGCCAAAGCAGGUCUCAAAGACAACGAUAUCUUAGUGGCUGUCAACGGUGAACGAGUGGAGGCUCUGGACCAUGGACAAGUAGUGGAAAAGAUUAAGCAGUCACAGGAGAAAAUAACACUCCUGGUAGUGGACAAGGAGACUGACACCAUGUAUAAACUGGCUCAAAUUUCCCCUUCUUCAUACUACCACAAAGUACAAGAUCCAUCUCCAGCUAAAACAGAGGAAAAAGURGAAUUGCACACUGAGCAAAAAGUGGACAAGCCAAGAACCUGCACGAUGGUGAAAGGGCCUAAUGGAUUUGGCUUCAGUUUAAAUCUGAUUAAGAACAAACCUGGACUCUUCAUCAGUGAGGUGCAAAACAAUGGGCCAGCUGACAGAGCUGGUCUGAAAGAUAACGACUUUUUGGUGGAAGUGAAUGGGGUGAAUGUGAUGGAUGAACCCUAUGAACAAGUGGUGAAAAGGGUGCAGGAUAGCRCUGAUGAAGUAACACUCCUGGUGUGCAGCAAAGAUGCUUACGAACACUUCCAGCAUCAGAAGAGUCACGUUACUGCAGCUACAACAGAUCCAGUCUGCAACACUUUGGAGCCUCCUGCUUACAUGGAAAAUCCACCAGCAGAGCCAGAGAGAACCUCAGAAGAGCCAAGAGAAAGGGCAAGUUCAUCCUCUUCUUCACAAUCAAAUGCCUCAGCGACAAGAGCAGACAGUGACAACAGCGAUGACACUCAGCUGUGAGAGAAGGAACUAUCCCCAAAACAACUAAGUCUCCCUUUACUUCAUUCUUUUCUACUACACAUCCC